AUGUCGGUUGUGACAGAUCCGCCUCGAGUGGCAUAUGUAGUGUCGGGCGACCUAGUGCGGUUUGCGGACUUGCUGCCGUCAAAUGAGGGGCGUUCAUCUCUCGUACACUCUCUAGCAUACCACCUCGAUUUACUCGAUCUCUCUGCUCUGAACGACAGUGACAGAAGUAUUGAGACCUCCGAAAAGACAAAGCUACUCGAAGCUAUUUUCGCUGAUCUGUCUCCGGCCGCAGCUACUCACAAGGAGCUGAGUCGAGCCACAGUCUACCUCCCGCACCCAGCAACGCAUCAACAGCUGACGAGCUACCACCAAGAAUCCUUCCUCAAACAGCUAGCCAAGAGCUCCAGCGCAGUCAACCUCGAUAACUCUUCCAAGCGUCGCAAACUCAACUCCAGUCUUGAAUCCAGCGAUAGCGGCUCUUCUAACGAGAUCGAGAGCGACGAAGAAGCAUCGGACCGCACCUCGAGCUCAGAAGAGCUUCACCGUCGACCCUCCUCCACAGUCUCUGGUCUCUCGUACAAGCGCCCAAGAGCGAGAAAUCAGUUUGGACUCCAAGACGACUGUCCGACGUUUGACGGCCUACAUCGACACAUAUCGCUGGUAGCCGGAGCAUCCAUUACCGCUGCAGAGCUGUUGGCUACUGGACAGGCCGAUAUUGCUAUUGCGUGGGAUGGAGGUAGACACCAUGCCAAGAAAGAUGCUGCGUCAGGGUUCUGUUAUAUCAAUGAUGUAGUAUUGGCUAUUUUGGCGCUGCGGAAGCCGAGCAAGGUCGCCGUAACGACUACUAUCCCUCGAAAUUUCAGCACCGAGGGGGAUGAUGAGGAGAUCGAGGAAGGGGAGGGGAAGGAGACGAUACGCAAGACAACGAUCAAAAGAGUCGAUCGAGUCCUGUAUCUCGACCUCGACCUUCAUUGGGGCGAUGGUGUCCAAGAAGCUUUUCAUACCAGCCCGAAUGUGCUCACACUCAGCAUACAUCACUAUGCGCCUGGUUUCUUUCCCUGUUACGCUCCCUCAUCGGAUCCGGACCGGUUUGGCCCACCUGGCUCACUCAAAGGCGACACAGGCGCAGGAAGUAAAACCCUCAACAUUCCGCUCGCUGUUGGCACCUCCGACUCCAGCCUGAAUAGGGUGAUAGAAAGCACGGUUCAGUCCUUGGUGCAAGCUUGGCAUCCCGAAGUGGUUGUGGUUCAGUGCGGAGUGGAUGGACUGGCGGGUGAUCCGAUGGCAGUGUGGAAUCUCUCAGCCGCUGCAUAUGUCAAGACGAUGCAAAGCGUGUUGAGUUGGAAGAAGCCAACGCUGUUGCUGGGUGGGGGUGGGUAUAACAGUGAGAAUGCGGCGAGGUGUUGGAGUUUGCUCACUGCUGUCUGUUUGGGUCGGUUUGAGGAUCAAGCUCAUGCAAAAAGGCAUGCUGCUAAGCCAUCGCAUGAGGAGCCGACACCGCUUACUGAACAGCACAAGACGCAGGAGGAUGGAGACGAGCAAGGGAAGCCAGCUUCAACGGACAAGAUCUCUUUCGAUACAGCGAUACCGGAUCACAAGUUCUGGCCCAACUAUGCACCCGAGUACACGCUCGACGUGCCAGCUGGUGAGAUGAUCGAUCAGAAUGACGAAGCGCAUUUCGAAGUGAUUAACAAGACCUUCCUCGAGCACGUCAAGGCUAUCGCUUCUCUCCAACACUCGAAAUGA